AUGGCGACCAAAGUAUUACCUUCGGACCGGAUUUUAUAUUCUUCGUUUUUUGUCAUAACUUUGGCUAUCGAUUCAUAUAAGUUUCAUCGCGCUAAAUUGAUUACACCGGAAAUAGUUCAACCGGCAGUGAGAAUCGAUUUUCCGUUUAAACCGGAAGUAAAACACAAGUUUAAUAGAUGUCAACAUUUCAUAUCACGAAGAAUAUUUAAACCACCACAGGCAGUGGGGGAUGUGAAAAGGCCAAGAAUUUUACCAAACUCUGUGACAAAUAUCCGAGGUUUCAAAAUUGUUGAUACAGAUUUCGAAAAUAGAACAAGUGCUGAAGAACGUGAGACGUAUAUCUAUGACUGGCGAUAG